AUGGUGACGAUGUUGCCAAAACGCCCCACGAUCGUUGGACCCCUGCCUCGUCUCGUUGUUGGUAGAGAGGGACAAGAGUUUUUCUUUGAUCUUUUGGAAGAUGGAAGGAUAAAGAAUCAAAAUUCACCAGUACUUCAGAACACAAAGCUCGGCUGGAUAGUUGGAGGCAAAGUACAUCAUCAAAAGUCAUCAACUAAAACGUCUUGUCAUCUAACUACACUGGAAAGCCUUGAUAAGAAUAUUCAAGCAUUCUGGAAAAUUGAAGAAGAACCUAUAAAAAAGGCGACAAUGACAUCAGAAAAUAAACUAUGUGAAGAAAUGUAUGACAAUUCAGUUCAAAGAGGCGAUGAUGGGCGCUACACUGUCAAAAUGCCUCUGAAGCAAGAUCCAAGUUCCCUAGGAGAUUCCAAAGAAUUAGCAAUCAAACGAUUUUAUCAAGUUGAAAGACGAUUAAAAAAUAACAGUGAACUGCAAAAACAAUACAAAUCCUUCAUGCAUGAAUAUGAGGAACUUGGACACAUGGAAAAGGUUACUGCAAAUGAUACUGACAAACCAGUGUAUUAUUUACCCCACCAUCCAGUUAUUAAGGAAGCCAGUUCAACAACUAAAUUAAGAGUAGUUUUCGAUGCUUCAGCAAAAACUACAACAGGGAUAUCUCUGAAUGACUCGCUUAUGGUUGGUCCGACUCUUCAAGAUGAUUUAUUUUCUAUCCUAUUGAGAUUCAGGAUUCACAUUUACGUUCUGACAGCAGACAUAGAGAAGAUGUAUCGACAAAUCUGGAUCCAUCCAAGUCAACGAGACAUGCUAAGAAUCCUUUGGAGAGAAGACAACUCAAAACCUGUCCUCAUUUACAGGCUCAAUACAGUUACGUAUGGAACAGCAUGUGCUCCUUACUUAGCAAUCAAAACUAUUCAACAAUUGGCUCAAGAUGAAAGAUCACAAUAUCCACAAGCUUCCAAUGUAGUGAUGAAAGACUUUUAUGUGGAUGAUGUAUUGACAGGAACAGACGACAUUAAUGAAGCAAGGGUAUUAAGAGAUCAACUGGUCGGUAUGUUAAAGUGUGGUGGCUUCAAUUUGCGAAAGUUUAACAGCAACAGUAACGCGCUUUUAGCAGAUCUUCCAGAUGAUAUGGUGGAAAGAAAAGCACAUAAACUUCCCAACUCUAAUGAUAGCACAAUCAAGACCUUAGGCAUUUUUUGGGAUGCAGAAUCUGACAAAAUAAAGUACAAGUAUUUUGUUGAUAAAGUACAAUGUUAUCAACAGACAAUAAGGCAGCUUCUACAAGUGUAA